AUGAAGGAUAGAAGUCACGAUAACAAGGACAAUAAAACUGAUGAAAAUAGGGCAGUUCAUUUAAAAGACGAGUCAUUCCAUAAAGGCAUGAUCAACGGGAUGGCAUCUGAGAUAUCAUUUGUGUCAAAGCACGGCCCUGCCAAGUUUUACUGGAUAAAGCCUGGUAACAAGGGCUCAAAAAACAAAACAGAACUGUAAGUACUCUUCGUUAAUAUGUGGCUCGUGCAAUAACCCCUCGCGGAGGAUUCCCAUGAACAAGUGACAGCGAUGCUGGUCGUCUCCCGCAGGCUUGUAAAUUGUAGAUUUUGGUCUCAUUUAGGGUGUUUGGGACCAAGAGUCACUAUAUUUGCCUAUUCAGGUAUCGCUUAGGGUUCUGCAUAAAGACUUUUACAAAAAAUGCCGCGAUGUUUGUUUUAGUAUGGUCUCCUUUGCAGGUCAGUUUAAGCUUGAGCCCCACUGACAUUGGUCUCCCUCAGAGGUUCCAUUUUCCGACUAGCAUUCCCGUCACUUUUAUAUGGGGUUCCCCAAGGGAUCACCCAGUCACUAGCUGUAUCUACAUGAAGCUAGACAAUAUGGAAGAUUCACUUAUAGAAAUUUUUCGCACAUGGAGUACAUUUUAAUCCUUUCUUUUCCUACAGAUCUAAAUCCUUCACCCGAGUUUCCAAAUCCAGAACAGCUGCACUGAAAAACGUUCUGUGAUAAAUUCGCACAAUAUAUUCUAUUUCUAUACCUGCGAAUAUAAAUAUGGGAUUUUGUAGUCAUCUCAAUGGCUUAAAAAAGGAAUACUUUGUCAGGAAAAUCACUAAUUAAUAAUCAUUAUACAUGACAGUAUAAGCCCUCUCUACAGUUACGCCUUUUCUCUCACUACACACCGAGUUCUCAUCCAAGUUAGCACGUUUGCAAACAACGACCUUUAUUGCCGCUCACGGAUUCAAAGCUCGCUGCUCGGGUGCAUAGGUUACGCGUGGAUUAACUUUGAAGAAAAAAAAUAGACUGCUUGCAGUCUAACCUGAAGUCAUUUUUGAGACUGAAUUAUUUAUACUGUUUAUUGUUAUUUGCAGGCUCUUAAUAGAAGCCAAUGGAAGUAGAAAGUCAUCAGUUCUGUCCGCACCAAGAAAAGUCAGAUUAAAACCAAGCCAAAAGUUGAGGCAAUCUUAGGACAUGCCUGAAGUGAGGGCAUCACAGCUUUGCACUGGCGGCCAUCUAUUGAUUUAAACAACGGUAAUUUCAGGAGUUGGAA